UGUGGCUCGAGCCAUGUCGGCUCAGGGAACUUGUGCUCUGUUAUUCAGUGUUUGUUGCCGAAUGCAGUCGCCUUCCUCUUUCAUGGCCUUUCAAGCGUCGCAUACGCUCAAACUUGUGCCGCUCCUCCUUGACUUACCUGCGAUGGCAAACCGCGUUUUUGACACCACGGAGGAUUCAACGUUGCACCCAAUAGACCAACGUCAACGCGUUCUUGGCCUGGCAUUCGCAUCUGAUGACACCUUGAUCACUCAGCGUGGAAAGCUCAGUGCUCAAUUCCGUUCUGCAAGUAGUUCUUUGGCUAGUGUCAGUGGCUUGCCUCUCACGGAUUUCACGAGUCGAGGGGAAGGACAGUUGAGCGGUAUCGAGUACAAGCAGUUGGGCCAGGGAUUCUGUGUAAAUCAAAAUGGAGAUCACCCAAAGGAACUUGGAAAUUACACUGGCACCUCCAAUGCCGAUGCCAGAAGUUGUGUAUCAGAGUCCCCUUGGAGCUGCGUAUCAGACGUCGAUGAUGUUGGUCGCAGUCCUGCGUGUGCGGAGCGAUGCUCGUCAAUGCCACACUGCGCGGGAUACGUUGUGAAACAUUCGGGUCUGUGUGGAUUAAUUGCAGAAGAGGGUUUCUUGCCGAGUGGCGGCGACUCAACUUCAUUCUACAGCUGCUUCUCGAAGCACACGUUCAAGUAUAACACAAGCGUGACACCUGGCAAGGUUCCUAAUGGUCGGCGGAUUCUAUGGUCUUAUUGGUUCGAUGAUGCGUGGAGCGUCACUGGUCUUACACGUUGGUUGGGGGCAGCAGCUCGGACGCCGCUCUCUUCAGGGAGCGCAGGGCGCCCGUCUGUUGUUCAGUUGUCUCAAGACUCAUGGCGGGCGCUGAAUCCAGAAUACGAGGUGCGCAUGGUCACCGAUGAAACAUUGUUCCAGUGGGUAGACCGAAGCGAUUUGCCGCCUAAGUUCGACGUCAUGCUGGCUGCACAGAGGUCGGAUGCCGUACGCCUUGCUGUUGUGGCGAAGUACGGAGGCGUAUGGAUUGAUGCUUCAAGCGUCAUGCUUCGGCCGCUCAGGGAUGUCCUGGGCGAAGAUGGUGAGCGCCAAGUUUUUUUUUCAACUGACCGACUAGACCACCAAGGCGAUGCACGCAAUGAGAGACGCAUCGAUCCAAGGACGAGCUACAUUGAGAGCUCGUUUUUCGCUGCACCAGCCAAUGAUACUUUCAUUCUGCGGACGAACGAGUGCUUCCACACCUUGUUUUCGGAGGUUGCUUUCAACGGUCAGCCGCAGGAGCUCGACGCGACAGAAGUGUUCUCUGGGCGGCAGCUUGAGGAGAUGAAAGUGUCGAGGCUGAACGGCUAUCUGUCGAUAAUUGCAUGCUUUUACAAAACGUUGGACGAGGAUGCGGGGCUGAUGCGACAAUGGCAAGAGAGCCCAUCUUUGCAGAAGUUCGAUGCCAUGAAGGGUCUUUUUCCGCAUCUCAUGUGGGGCGAGGACUGGCCAGGACGCUUGCUUAAUCGCGUCGAUGCUGAGUUGGUCGAGAAAUUGAGGAACGAGCCUGAAACGCUGCUCCUCAAAUUCCGACAGGAGGAUCGCGGUAGUUUGGACGGUUUCAGUGAAGAGCAGCUCCGUUGUCGCGCCAGCACUCUACGGGAGUUGUUGGUACCUGCCGGACUUGCCCUGCCCGUUUGCGCGCGGUGAGCCCUGCGCGCACGGUGGUGCCCCUCCUCUUUCGGGGUGUAGAGGAGCAAGAGGUGCUGACAAUGACACGUUCCAGCACUGCCCAGAUUCCCUAGUGCUCCGCACGGGCUGCGGAAGCGAGGGCCGCUGGAUACUCCCUGGAACUCCAGGAACGUCCCCUGACCCAAUUCCUCUCUUCCUCCCUCGUGCUUCCCUCCUUUUCUUGUUCGUCGUCCUAUUCCUGAGGAUUUCUGGACAGUUCUUGCAUGGUUGAGGCCCUCCCCUAACAGUUGGGAAGCUGGCAAUUUCCAUCAUCCGCGCUGAACCUGUCCUCGCCGUCUGCCUUCUCGUAUG